UAUCCAAAAAAUCUGCCAAAUUUAACGUCAACUCUUCGCAAUGGAAACUCCGACUUAAUUUAAAGAUGGAAGGUGAUGAUUUGAUUUGCAACUACAGAAAAUGUAGAAAGAGACUCACUGACAUUGCCUAUGUGACGGCAUGUUCACAUGUUUUCUGCGAUGAAGAUGGUACAAGAGAAUUCAACAAAUCCAAGGUUUGCCCUGCAUGUCAAACAAAUUUGAGUUUGAAGUUUGAAAUUGUGCGAAAUAAUCUCCAGCCUUCAGAGCAAUACAAGUCUAUGAUCUUGGCAGGCCUGAAGCCUGAUGUGAUCAACGAGAUCUGCUCAAGGGCCAUCGCCUUCUGGAUGUACCAGUCCCAUCAAGAGAAAACCUACCAGGAAUACAUGGGUAACAAGGCAAGGGAGCGAGCAACCCAACUGGAGCAGUAUUAUGAACAGCUUGUCUCCAAGACCAGCACAGAACUCAAUUCUCUCAAGACACAGAUUGGAGCAUGUAAGAAAGAGCUGGAUGACACAAAGAAGAAGUACAGUGAGGUCACUGAUAAACUGAUGGAGAAAAACAGGCAACACCAGAAACUACAGUCUAUGUAUGACAGUCUCCGUCGGAAGUAUAUCAGCAUGUCAGCGUUUGAUCCUGCAGACCAAGAUCCUCCAAACCACGCCUUCAACAACGCCCAGGGAGCAGCAGCAGCAGCAGACAACAGAAUACACAGGAGCAACAUAGCACCAGUGGACAAUCAUUUUAAGUCUCCAAGUGGUACAGUUGGAUUUGAUUUCCGACCACAAACUGGCACCACCAAUUAUCCAGCCAACCGACAAGAUAACCGCCAGGGCAGUUUCAACAUUGACCUUGGAACACCAAGAAAAUGAGAACAUCAUAAAGAAAAACAUUAAAUUGUACUUACUAAGAGAAAGAUUUAUUUACUAUUAUUAUGUUCAUCUACAUUUUAAACCAGGUUUUCACAAAGCGAAACCUGGUUAUAAAUAAGAAUGGUGUAUGUCGUUGUUCAGGCAGUCAGAUGGCAUCAAACUCACCUGUGAUAUCAAAAAUUUGAUUUAGGUUCAACAUUUAGUGAACAAACUUGGUAUAUACAUAUAUAGGAAAAGUUUAUGGAGACCUUUCAUGGGAUUGCAUUUGGGGCCCCUAGAUUCAAGGUCACUGUAACUAAAAAUAAUUUAAAAUAGAAAACUCUUAACUUUAGUUAGGGUUGACAUAUUGCAACCAAACUUGGUAUAUAGGAAGUGGUUAUGAAGACCUUUCAUGUUUUGGGCCCCUAGGGUCACAGUCACUCUUGGUUCAAAGUGAAUAAAUUUAGUUAGGGUUGAACUAUGGUGACCAAACUUGAUAUACAGGAAGAGGCUGAAGUUUUUAAGUCAAACAUUGAAAACCUGGUUUCUUCCCAUCAUUAUGAUUCUUGUUUAAAUAUAUGUAUUAAUAUAACAUGUCAGUGUCCUAUAUUUAGGUAUCAUGAAUUCAUUCCUCCUAAAACAUUGACAUAAACAUCAUUCUGUUCAUAAAGUUUUUAAAUGCCAAAGGUUCACAUUUAUUCAUUUUCAGUGUUAACAUUUGUUUUCAAAUACAGUACGUCAUUUGAUUAACAUAAGUCGAUGUUGCUAUGUGAUGUACUAGUGAGUUGUAUAUUAUUCAUGCAUUUCACUUUCAUUCACUUCAA